AUGACGGUUUCCUCUCUCACGCUCCUACUCUUCCUGGCACGGAUAUGGGGAUCGUGGGAGCGGGUCUCCACUCUGGGAACUGCCCCAUCGGGGGCUUCGCUCUACACUGAGAAGAGAAGGCCGGGAGCAGUUCCUCAGGCGCAGGCGCCGGAGCCGUUCGUGAUUCCGGCGAUCACCGGAGUUGGAAAGCGAAACCAAGGUACAAUGCCUCCACGGCCGUACGUACCGUCUGCACAACUCGUUCUUCGCCUCGUCUUCAUGAUCUACUACCGCGCCUGCCGCAUCGGGGUGCCGUUCGACAACGAGCACAUCCGGGACUCCCUCCUCAACACACUGCGGAAUCUCCUCGGAGAAAGCCGCGGCGCUGGUGCUCCGGUGGAGGCCGGGCGUCGUCGUCGUCGACGUGGGCGUCGUGCUUCCGCUCCAGUGGCACCGGUUGACCCAGUGAUGGGUUUGCCGGCGAACUGGAGUCCUGGACAGGGGGAGGCCUCCGUUCAGCACCUCCCCUGGUGCCCGUUCCAGGGAACGGCGCCGGGACCGUCCUCCUGGGUGCCCGUGGCGCUCGCCGCCAUGAACCCGGAGGCCGGUCCAUCGUCUUCGACCGCACCGCCUGGCUUCACCGACACCAGGGCAGCGCCAUCGUCUUCGGCUGGGGCUCCUUCCGCGAACGUGGCGGCUACUACAGCCGGUUCCCCGUCGACCCCGCUGCCGAACGGAUCGGCGACUCCUCGGCCGCUCGCGACCAUCGCAGCGCGCCGGGCCGCACCUCCGCUCCGCCUCUUCUCCAGGGACGCCGGCGAGAUCCUCGAACCCGCCAUCGCUGCACCGACUCCACCUCAGCCGUCCACACCCCCGGCCGUCAACAUCGCCGACACGGCCGGGAGCCCCACCAUCCGUCGCACCUGGAUCUCGGUGCCGCACGGCCCGUCAGCGCGCGCGCAGGGAAGCCCUCGCGCGAACGGCCGCGUUCGGGCACUCGAGAACGGGCACGCCAGCCCGGGCAUGAGUGGCGGCGGUGGCGCCUCCUCCUCGGAGGGGCGCGCCCCUCCCUCUGCUUGA